AUGGUAGUUUUGACUUGCAAGGUCAUGUUUAUUAUGACAAGUGCCGCUCUUGUGACGGUAAACAGCAGUAGUACACCAACACAGGUCCACGUGGCCCUCCUGGAAGAGACGGGAAGACACAUAAAACUAAUCAGUCCAGGAGCUCCUGGCAUUUCAGGAAAUUCUGGCGUUCCCGGAAAAAAAUGGAUCCUGAAGGACGAAAAUGAGCUGAUGGAAGAAAGGGAGAGAAAGGAGAAGCAGGAAGACGGCAUCGCUGCUGGAUCAUAUUACAAUAAUUACGAAGGCGGAGCUAACACUCAGUGUCUUCCACUUGAUCCUGUAUGGGGAUAUUACAAAGACGAUCUCCUAGGAGCAAGUUAUAUUUAUGGAUUAGAAUAUCAACUUGGUCAAGGCAUUCAACCAUUCAUCAAUAAAGGAUUGCAUGAUUACGAUGUUCUUUGUGCUGUGUGUUACGAUGCCACUAAGAACACUCAAUUCAUGUUACCAGCAAAGAACAUCUGUCCUACUGGAAGGAGUAGAGCAUAUUAUAGAUAUCUGAUGACCGGACACUAUGGUCAUCGUGGAAGCAACAUAUACGUGUGUUUCGACCACAACGCAGAACCUACCGGCAGUAGCAGCGAACAGAACGGCAAUUUGUUCUAUCUUGUAGAGGCCGUGUGUGGAUCUCUUCCUUGUCCUCCAUACGUGAACGGUCGAGAACUGACAUGCGCAGUCUGUACGAAGUGA